AUGCAUACUGGCUCAGCUUGGCUCGGCUCGGUUCCAAAAUAUAAGGCUUAUAAUGAUCAGUUGCCGUCCAUAGCAGAAUUGGCUUUAAAACUACCGCAACUCUUUCAGAAGCCCCUGCCCCGCCUGGUCAAAGGUCAGGAGAUGACUUUGACCCUGAUCCAGCUACAGGCGGCCUGCCUUUGGUCUAUGCUUUCUUCUGUACUCUACGUUAUAAAAAGACUAAGAGUGAUGAAACACAAAGGACCGGACUACGGUAGACGAAAUUUAGGAAGAAGCAGCGCUAGUAAAAGAAGCGGCAGUCACGGCUUUGACGGUAGUGGUAGUAGAAGUAGCGAUUUUGGUAGUGGAGGUAGUUCUACUGGUGGUAGAGGUGAGAUGUAUGGUUUUGUAUCAAGUUGUAUUGAGAUGUAUGGUUUUGUAUCAAGUUGUAUCGAGAUUUAUGGUUUUGUAUCAAUUUGUAUCAAGAUAUAUGGUUUUGUAUCAAGUUGUAUCAAGAUAUAUGGUUUUGUAUCAAGUUGUAUCGAGAUCAACCAGGGCUUUGACAAUUUUAUCAGAUCAACAAGUAAAAAACUGCAAGCCAAACUGUUAUCAACAAAAAUAUUAAAAUCUGGUAAAUCAUGUGGUAACAUCACGUCUCAACUGAAACGACGAUUCUGGUGGACAUGCAGAAGAAUAUUUGCUCAGACGAAAAAUUUGAAACCGCUGUUCAACGCCAGUGAUUGCGCACCUACAAAAACUUUCAACACCCUGCAACACAAGCCCUCCAUCAUACCACGAAAUAUCUACAAUAGUUCGCAAGUACAAAGCUAA